AUGGAGAUGCAAUCGUGGUUUUUGUGUUUAAUCCUUAGCUUUGGCUUGGUUGUACUGUCAGACGCGCAAAGACCGCCCUAUAUUCCACCGCCUGAAUAUGGGAGAAAAAGGAACGCUGAGGACAUACUUCAGGUAAAUAGACUUUUUGACUUAGGAACGUUGAGUGUUUUUUCCAUAAGCCUCUAAAUUUUCUGACUUACACUGAGUCACAUGAAUUAAAACCAUAUCUUGCAAAAACAAAAGACUUUUUAUUAUAAGGAUCUACUUUUCUAUGUCUCAUUUCUCCGUUACGGAUGUCAUUUUGAGAGCAAUCUGGUAUAUUUUCUUUGUUCAGUAACACAGCUUGUCGCGGGGUAAAGAUAAUGAGGAAAAAACUUAGUGGUUUGUUGUGUUAGUGUGCAACACUAUUAAAAAAAUUAUAACUUUUUUUUUCAAGGAAAACGUACUCAGUGCAGAUGAAGAUAGACCCUCGUAUAUUCCACCGGUUGAAUUUGGAAGAAAGCGAGAAAUUAACCGUCGACUAAUGGUAAGUCCUUUCGGGCUUCACCCGUAUUCCAUUCUCAGUAUCGCUUUUGCCAAGAGUUAGACUUUUGAACUGGCACUAAACGAAAUGUUUAACGAACCAAGGAAAUGAAAGAAGAAAUGCCCCGGUCAAAUUAUUAGUAUUCAAUCUUUUUAAUUUCUUAAUAAGUAGUCAUAUCUCUACUCUCUUCUUAUUCGUUAAUUUCUGUAACAGUUAUUUAACUGUUUGCGGGCAAAAAGAGCGCCGGUAUUUGUAUUCAAAUCGAUUGAUGGCAGAUUCGAUCGUAACAUUAUUGACGACAUACAUUUGUCCUGCGAGGUCAUCAGCUUAACUUGGGACAAGGCUAAAUAGAAAAAAUUGACAAACGGGCGGACGGAAGGAACCGAGCGAGAGACUAGGGGAAAGGUCAGCAUUCCCCAGUACCCAGUCCCUUUUCAGGUUUCUCUCGCUGUCUCCGCCUAUAUUUAACCCUUUUUUUCCUUUUUUCCGAUUUAGCAAACCGAAAUGAAGGGAAACAUAGGAAUUGCAAUUCACAAAUUAGAUCAAGAUUAAAUCAGUUCUUGUCACAGGCUUUAUUUCGUAAAUUUUUAGCUGACAGCUCAAUUUGAUCAAGAGCUUUUGGUUGAAUGAGUUUAUAUUGAGGCGAAUCUGGUGAUCGCGAUCCAGGCCAUAUAGCAAUGCGCUAAAAUUCAAAUAAUUUGUUUUUCUGUUUCAGGAAAAGCUACGAUAUCAUCGCCAUCAAUAA